CUGGUUCAGCCUAUCCUUCCGUCUCUACAGAGUAUGAGUAUACAAAUCUUUGGUAUACCUCAGUCUCUUUUUAGUCUUGCGUCCCUGUCUUUUGUGUUUCCUCAUUCCUGGUUUGUUUACACUCGUCCCAUCCUAUACUUUCUCACCUACUGGCUCCUGUUCUUUCCUCAGGUACUUUCAUCUGGUGGUUGCACGCGUCUCAUCGCAAAUACUUGUCAGAACAGUCUCUUGCCCACCCUCCAUCGCUCUUGUCAAUUCCCUCUCUAUUACACACCGUCCAAGAACAAGCCAGUGUUGGUUUCCCAACCAGUCUUAUAAAACUUGCAACUACAUUGAGCGCCUCCGCGAGCUUUCCUCACCAUCUCAUAUCCCGGCAUGAAACCCUCCACAGCAAUCUUGGCUGGUGCCGCCCUCGCUACUCCCAUCGCCUCUGCCCUCAAACUAUCAGGACCCCCAGGUCCCAAACCUAAGACAAUCUCUCUUCCUAUAGAACGGAUACACAUUCCCAAUAUCGCUUCUCGUGAGAAAAGGCGGCGGCACAAGAGACAAGGCAAUGGCAUCGUCGAACAGGAACUUGAUAACGAUACCUUUCUUUACUACGCCAACAUAACCCUCGGCACUCCUGAGCAAAAAAUACGUCUUCAUAUCGACACUGGCAGUUCGGAUCUCUGGGUCAAUACCGCAGACAGCUCUUUUUGUUCCUCAAGACAAGAUCCUUGCGAAGGUGGCACCUAUGAUUCGUCCGCUUCCUCCACCCAUAAGCUCGUGAACAAUGUCUUCAACAUUUCAUAUGUCGAUGGCUCCGCUGCUUCAGGCGAUUACGUCUCCGACACACUUGGCUUUGGAGGUGUGACCUUGGACGAUUUCCAGUUCGGUAUUGGCGAGGUAUCAUCUUCUGAGCAAGGUGUUCUGGGAAUAGGCUAUGCCAUCAAUGAAGUUCAGGUCAACCGUGCCGGUCUGGAUGCAUAUCCCAACCUUCCCGUCGCCCUGGUCGACGCUGGACAUAUUGCCACUCCGGCCUAUAGUCUGUGGCUGAAUGACCUCGAUGCAGCAAUAGGAGAAAUCCUGUUUGGCGGUGUCAACACGGAACGGUACGAAGGGAGCUUAGCUACGGUUCCUAUCAUUCGAACGUACGGAGACUACUACGAAUUUGUCAUCGCGCUCACCGGUCUCUCUCUGGGAGGAGAUCGCAUUUCCUCAAGCUCCCUUCCUGCCGGUGUCCUUCUCGACUCUGGUGCAACACUAUCCUACCUCCCCAACGACAUCGUCCAAGUCCUGUACGAUGAAAUCCAAGCCGUCUACGUUGCAGACGCUGGGGCCGCCUACGCGCGUUGUUCUUUAGCAAGCAACGAUUCGACAUUCGAUUUCGAGUUUUCGGGAAAAACCAUAUCCGUCUCAUUCAACGAAAUGAUCCUCACCGAAGGCAUCACCACCAGCGGCCAACCCUUGACUUUCACCAACGGCGAUACCGCCUGUCUAUUUGGCAUCGCCCCCGCCGAUGGAAGCAUCGCCAUUCUCGGCGACACAUUCCUCCGCUCCGCUUAUGUCGUCUACGACCUGGAAAACAAUGAAAUCUCUCUAGCUCAAACUCGAUUCAACACCACCGCGGACGAUAUCCAAGAAAUCACAUCUGGAUCUUCCGUUCCAGGCGCAACCCCCGUCCCUAGUCCAGUCACAUCUGUCAACGCUGAAGGUGGCGGUGCUAGACUCGGCACUGCAGCUACAGGCACAGUCACGGGAUUCGGCAGUCCUAGUGCGACGGGAGGCAGUUCUUCUAACGCGGCUGGUGGAUCUAUGGCUGAGAUGGUCCCUCUGAGUGCGGCGGUGGUCGCGGCCGUCGGUAUCUUUGGCGCGAUGCUCGCCUUGUAAAUGAACUGCUUAUCCUUAGAUGUAUAGAUGCUUACGAUACGAUAUCCUUUUUGACCAAUGCGUUGGGUCGGUUUGGGUUGGGUUUGCAUAGCAGCAGCACAAGCGGCA